CUACGGAUUUUGUAGAUGACCCCUAACAAACCUUUUCACAGUACUUCUGUAAAAGAAUCUAAAAUGGCUGAUGAUAGCAGUGAUCAUCCUCCUGCUGAAGAUGUUGAUGGAGAAAAAAAGCAUCUUGUGAGCACCUUUGGUAAGAAGAAAAAGUAUGAUCCAACUUUCAAAGGACCCAUUGCGAAACGUGGAUGCACUGAUGUUGUAUGUUGUGUACUUAUCAGUGCCUACAUGAUUGGAAUGAUCAUUGUUGGUAUUAUAGCUAUUAUGGAUGGUGACCCAAAGAGAUUGCUAUAUGCUACAGAUUCUAAUGGGAAAGUUUGUGGCGUUGAUUAUCCUGACAGAGAAUUUCUUCAAUUUUUUGAUCUCACAAAAUGUGUGACAAAAGGAGCAUCGGAUCCGUUAACAUUCGCAAAAAAUGGAUUAUCUUGUCCUACUCCACAGGUUUGUGUAUCAAAAUGUCCAGAUUUUAGCGCUUAUUGGGCUCAAGUGUCAUGGCAGAACAUGACAUGUAUCAGUAACGUCAAACUAUCCAGUUCCACCACAAAGGAUGAACUGAAGAAACUGGUUAAGGAAGGAAAAUGUGCAACUUAUUAUCUUAAAACUGAACCUGUUUUCUACAGAUGUCUUCCAAGCAUUGCUGUUAAUACUAUAAGCAGUCUUGGACUUCUAAAUAUAGAUGGGCAGAAAGUAAAUGGAUCUGAUAUACAACUUGGUGAGACUGCUGUUCAAAUCUUGUUAAACCUUCAGAAUCUUUCAAUGCAGAUUGCAGAUGAGUUAAAAGUUGUUUGGUGGUGGAUAUUGGCUGGAUUUAUAAUCUCAAUGGUGGUUUCAAUGUUGUACAUUGUGCUGGCCAGGUGGAUAACUUUUCCACUUGUCAUCUUUACUGGUAUUGGUGUCCUUGGUAUAAUUGGUUAUGGAAUUUAUUUCGUUUUUAAAAAAUACAAAUUUUUGGUUGACACGAAAACAAGUACAGAAAUUGUGUGGAGAAUUUCAAUUGGAUUUGAUGAUUUCUCACGAAACAAAACCACAUGGUUGGUGUUAGGAAUUGUUUUGGCUAUUGUGUUUUUGGUACUUCUCUUGAUUAUGAUAUUUUUGUUUCAUCGAGUUAGAAUUGCUUCAGCAUUAAUUGCCGAGGCCAGCAGAGCAGUGACUUCGAUGCUGUCAACUUUAUUUUUCCCCUUGUUGCCAUGGUUAUUCCAGCUUGCUUGGUUUGCAUGGUUUAUAAUAAUUUUACUAUAUUUAAUGUCAAAUGGUACGAAACAGUACCAAGUGUCUCACAAUGACACCACCUACAAUAUUACAGUGGGUGAUGAGUGUGAUGAAAAUUUAUUUAGUUCAAAAUAUCCAAACUCAACUGCAUCUUGUUUGUUUGCAAAGUACAAAGAGAACAAAAAUCUGUUAAGAAUGCAAGUGUUUCAUUUGUUUGGGUGGCUGUGGGGAUCACAGUUUAUCAUAGCAUUUGCUGAAUGCAGCUUGGCUGGAGCUUUUGCAUCUUAUUAUUGGGCAAGAGAUAAACCCAAGGACAUCCCAACCCUUCCUGUAUUUUCAUCGAUGUGGCGAACUUUAAGCAAUCACACUGGCUCACUUGCUUUUGGUGCUGCCAUCAUAGCUAUAGUGAAGUUGAUACGAGUUACAUUAGAGUAUAUACACAAAAAGCUAAAAGAAAACACUGAUAAUCCUGUUGCUAACUUCUUUAUGAAAUGCUUGAAAUGUUGUUUCUGGUGUCUUGAAAAAUGUUUGCGCUUCUUGAACAAAAACGCUUACAUUAUGAUUGCAAUCUAUGGAAAAAGUUAUUGUUCGUCUGCAAAAGAAGCCUUCAGCUUAUUACUUAGAAAUCCUGCAAGAACAAUUGCAAUCAAUGGCGUGACAGGAUUUAUCCUCUUCCUCGGAAGGUUAUUGGUUACUGGAGGCAUUGGUGUUGGAAGUUUCUUUUGGUUUGCACAGUAUAAUUCGUUUCUUCCUGAUAAACUCAAUUACACAAUAGUUCCUAUUGCUAUUUGUACGAUUGGUGCAUAUUUGGUGACCGUACUUUUUUUUAAUGUGUACGACAUGGGAAUUGACACUCUCUUCUUGUGCUUCUUGGAGGAUUUAGAAAGACACGACGGUUCACCAGAAAAACCAUAUUUCAUGACGCCAGCGUUGAGAAAGAUCAUGGAUAAACAAAAUAAAGCCUACUCGAAAGAAGAUAUUAAUAUGGACAAAACUUCAACACCUUGAAAUCUCUGUAUCAAACAGAGUGUAUUUUUGUUAUAAAAGGGGUUACAAUUUAUAUUUGAGUAGUAUGAUUUAAGCUAUAUUUACUUUGCUUACAUUUUCAAAAGAAAGCUCAAGGUUGUAUCAAUCUUUUCCAGUGUCGAGAUAAGUUACUAAGCAAAAAAUUCACCAAUGUCAUCGCAGUGUGCGCUGCUUAUCUGACAUUACAGGAAAAUGUUUGUUUCAGUUCAUAAUAUUUAUCAUUGUUUAUACUGCAAUGUUUAUAUACAUUUUUUGUUCACACUCGGUUGUUUUUCACAUAGCGUUUUAAUAGCAGGCUUGCUUACCAGCUGAAAAACUUAGACUGAAGUUUUUGGUUAUUUGGUCCAGUUGGCCUAGUCUAUUAUUUCUUUUUUUGUGUGACGCCUUUCCGAAUGUAUUUUUAUAACUUCUAUGGCCAUAUUUAAUGGUGCAUAUUUUUUUAAAAUAAUUUGAAUAAUCUUCACUUUUGUAUACGUGUUUUGUAUGCAAAAGUGUUGUCUUAAGAACUGUCAACGAGUCUUACCUUAUCAAGGUUGAUUCAAAGUUGAUGUAGUUAUGAUAGUUUAAAAAUAUUUAAAUGCUGGAGAAA